CAAAAGUCUGCGACUAAUCAACAACAUACGAAAAAAUGGAGAGAAAGACAUUGAGAAUGUUCAGCAAAAUUGUUUUACUUUUGGGUCUGCUGGUCGUCACUUACACUGCCCCGGUCGAAUUAGAUGAGAGCGACAGCCAGACACUUAGAUUUGAAAGUGAAGACGGUACCAAGCAGGAGAAGGAAGGAAGUCAAAAACACAUCGAACGAAAAUACGAAGAUGUCGGAAGCGUGCCGAUAAAAUUUCACUCUUACAGCGCUAGUAGCGGUACGGUUGGUAAUAUAUUUCCGCCUUGGAAAAGGGGAGACCCUGAGCCUCAUCCUAAUCUGAUUCGGGCCCACAAACGAAUGAAGACUGAUAAUCACAAAAAUAUAUUACGCAAAAAUCUAGAUGGCACCAACGGUACAAAAGUCGUUGUUGCAGCGAAAACAAACAGGUCAAUCAGCGAUCAUUUGCCCACACCUCCUCCUAUGCCCGAGCACAAACUUCACCGUCUUCUCACCGCAUUAAAGAACGCUGGUUUCUUCGCUGCUCUCAAACGAUCCUAUUUUUGUGUCAGCAAAAUGAACGCUGAUGGCCGCAACUCUUUCGAUUUCAAGAGUGAGGAUGGCACCAAAAAACUCUGCGAGAGAGGCAGCCAGAAACAAGUUGGACCUAAGCCUGAAGAUAUCGACACAGUUUCCUACAAAUCUUACUCCUUCACUACUUCCGAUGGCGUCGUCUUGACUGUCAACUGGGUUGCCGAUGAAAACGGUUUUCAGGCCACCGGUGACCAUUUGCCCACUCCUCUCCCAAUGCCCGAGCACAAACUAAAAUACGAGAUGAAUCCAAUAGAUGGCGAUGACUCAGUCAUCGAGAAAAGAGACGACGGUAGUUACUCUUUCAGCAGCUUUUCCAAGAGUGGCAGCCAAAGACAAGUUGGACCGAAACCAAAGGAUAUUGGCAAUGUUAACCGCGAAUCUUACUCGGACUCCAUUCUCGAUAACACCGCCGUCAACUGGGUUGCCGACGAAAACUGGUUCAACCCAUCUGAUUAAAGGCCCAGUCUAUUCAAUCAUAUUUAAACGAAAUAAAAUUAUUUAAAAUAUCG